AUGUGCUCAACCCAUUACAUUCGAAGAUGCCUUAGCAUAAGAGCGGGCUCUUGUGCAUAUUGCAAAGCUGCAAACAAGGGAGAUUCCUGCGGAGAAGAUGGAGGGUUACCAAGAGCGAAUUCCCAGUACAUCAUGGCGCUUCAAGAAGGACCAUCAACCUCAAGAGCGGAGAUGCUUCAGCAAUUAACUUUGAUCAGUUAUGAACUCAAGCAGGGGGAGAAUUAUUAUGGAGCUAUAAUUGCUGAGUUCACAACCAUGGUCAAAGAGGGAGAGAGUGUUGGAGGAAUCAAGAAAAUCGAUGGUGUUCAAUUAAGGGAGAGCUAG